UCAGCUCGCUAGCUCCCCAUACGUCAAGCCAUCUCACACCUCACACAACACCGCCUAGAACAACCGAAACCAUUCAUCCGUCCUUCUCAGUAACCGUCGUUUCAAGCAAGCAGAAGAGGCGAUCAGAUGGCGCAGGAGAGCCUGAGGCUGGUGUCGCCGGCGAUCUCGGCGCACGAGGGGCGGCUGCCGCGGCAGUACACGCUGGAGGGGCAGGGGGCGAAGAAGGACAUGUCCCCGCCGCUGGAGUGGUACGGCGUGCCCGACGGCACGCGCUCGCUGGCGCUGGUGGUGCAGGACAUCGACGCCGACCCGGUCCUGCCGUGGACGCACUGGGUGGUCGCCAACAUCACCCCCGACACCAAGGGUUUGCCCGAGGGCUUCUCCGGCGCCGGGGGCAACGCCCGCGGCGAUGACGCCGUCCAGGAAGGGAUCAACGACUGGAAGCAGCUCGGGUGGCGCGGGCCCGUCCCGGACUCAGAAGGGCACCGCAUCCGGUUCAAGAUCUACGCCCUCGACGACGUGCUCAGCCUCGGGAACAAGGUGACCGUGGACAAGGUGAUGUUGGCCAUCGAGGGGCACGUGCUGGCGGAAGCCGACCUCACGGCCGUGUUCUCUGGAUAAGUGUUCGACGAUCAGCUUGUGGAUUUUGACACCGUCCGCGCGUGUGUCUGACCUGUUUGUUACUUCACCCUCGUCGUCCUGUGUAUUGCGUGUGCCUUGUUCAGUAGUGUGCCUUGUGUACGUAAGGCGACGGCCGGUCUUGUAAUUUUUUAUCCAAUAAAGGAAGUAACUUCUCAAAUCAA